AUGCGCUCAUCUGUUCACCUUCCCGCUCUACAGCUGGGUGAGAAUCAGUCCUUGAAAAAGGCGGACGAGUGGCGCCGUCUCCUUACCAUCACACCAGUUCUCCUAUGGGUAUGCUGGAAGGAUGAACACGAUCGCAUUCCGAACAUCGAGCCAACUAUCUCGCCUAAUGCAAAAACACGACCAACACAUUCUCAAAACUGCAAGGCGCUCUACUUUGCCAUUCUUUUACUAUGUGCUGGUGUCCGUAUGCUCGCAUCGCGCAAGAUCUCCAUGUCACAAGCACGUAUUGGUCAAGACUUUCUAACACAAUACAACCGCACUCUGCAGCAGCUGGGCAUCGACCUGACUAUUAACAAUCAUCUGUCGACACAUUUUGCAAAGUUUAUCAAGCUCUAUGGGCCCAUAUAUGGCUGGUGGUUAUUUGCAUUCGAGCGCUUCCAUGGGAUGUUCGAGAAAGUCAAUACCAAUGGCCACGAUGGUGGUUGCAUGGAACUCACGUUGAUGCGAUACUGGGUUCGAUGCCAUCUAAUCUACGAAUAUCUACUUGCUCUGCCUGCGAACACUUAUACAAAAGAGCGUGAGUACAUCGAGGCAGUCAUCAAGUCGGAAGGACGCAGUGAACAUGGAGGUAUGAUGACAGAGCUUGCUAUCUAUCGCAGUGAGGCGACCACAGAUCGAGUCAAACUGCCCAGAGUACUGGGGAAGCAUAUCAAUCUGUGCAUUUUUCUUGGUCCAGGAACUGGCGGUAUCUACUGCCUUGCUCUCGACUAUUGUCAACACUUAUAUCCAGAUCUUCAUCUUAUCGACGACCUUUCGCUCGGUCACGGAACAGCUUUUGUUGUGACCCGAGUGGCCUGCAUGUUAACUUACAUCUGUAAGGACGGUAUACGCUAUGGUUCAGAUUCAAACAAGCGCACUAAAGCAGAUCGCUAUGCAUUUAUUGUGGAUAAAAACACAAAUGAGCAUUGCCCCGUCGAGAUCGCAGCCCUUUUGGGUAUCAAGGUCGCGGAAAAGGCACCGCACAUUUGUGUGGUCAUUCAUCGGAUGGUCUCAGAUGAGGAUAUUCCCCCAUUCCCAUGGUGCACAUAUUCAGAUCUCCUCGGGAUUCACGUGUCCUAUGCCAACCGCUUCCACGGUUACGAGAUUGUACCUGCGGUAGCACUCGACGCACCUCUUGCACUCAUUCCGAUCCAUUCUGAGCGCAUGGGACAAGAACUAUGGGCCUCUAUUUCAUUUGAUCAUACGGGAAACGAGCCGGAGGUUAUGGACGACGACGAUGAGGUGUAG